GCCAGUGCCGCUGAUAGCCCUUCGGGCCUCGUUCCUGAAAACAGGCGUCGGCGACGCAUCCCGCCCCUUCCAGCCUCCCGCCCCUUCCGACGAUAAAAGAGUUACGCCGACUUUCACCCAAGCAAUAGCGUCCCCGACGCCUGUCCACUGGCUUCAUCGGCUGUCUGGACACUGCAGCCAUGGGAACUUCGGUGUUCCAUUGUCUUCUCGUACCGCUGCUCCUGGUCGUGCUGGUCACGGCACAGGAGCCGCCAACGGAGAAACCCGUGGAUCCUGACGCGAACAGGAAUGUGUCCCAGAUUAUUGCCGACAAGGGCUACCCGGUCCAAGAGUUCGAGGUUGUUACGAGUGACGGCUUCGUCAUAGGUGUGCAGAGGAUUCCGUCCGGCAAGACUGGCUCCUCCAGGCCACAUCUCCGAGCGAAGAAGACCGUGUUCCUACAACACGGUCUGCUGGGCUCCUCGGCUGACUGGGUCGUCAAUUACCCGUCUCAGAGCCUCGCCUACCUCCUGGCUGACGCCGGGUAUGAUGUCUGGCUGGGCAACGUACGUGGGAAUACGUAUUCUCGUCAUCUCAGGCACACGAGGAAGCAGAAAGAAUUCUGGGACUUCAGCUUCGACCAGAUGAUCAGGUACGACCUGCCGGCGAUGCUCGAUUUCGUGCUCGCCCAGACCAUGGAGGAAGAGCUCUUCUACGUCGGACACUCGCAGGGAAGUUUGAUGCUGUUCGGUCUACUGUCAGAGAUGCCCGAGUACAGCAAGAAGAUCAAGUUGUUUUCAGCCCUGGGACCGGUGACAACUGUGGGCUACAUGACAUCCCCAGUGCGAUACCUGGCGCCAUUUGCGGAGGACAGUAGUAUACUCCUACGUUUUUUCGGCGAGUACGACUUUUUGCCGAGCAACUGGUUUAUAAGGCUGUUGGCUAAAACGAUGUGCCGCUACGCCAUCUCGCGAGAAAUUUGCGAGAACGCCAUGUUUAUUAUCUGCGGCACCGAAAUGAAGGAGAUGAACUUGACACGUCUGCCAGUUUUCAUCAGCCACACACCGGCAGGAACGUCUGUGAGGAACAUGGUACAUUAUGCACAGAUGGUCCUGCACAAGCGAUUUCAAAUGUUUGACUAUGGAACCGACAUGAACCGGCAGGCUUACGGACAGGCCAUACCACCAGAGUACAACGUCACCGGAAUUAGCGUUCCCGUCGCUCUCUACUGGAGCCUCAACGACUGGUUCGCAGAUCCCAGAGACGUGGCUCUGCUCAGCAAGCGCUUGCCGAAACUGGUCCUCGACUUACAGAUACCGGACCCGACAUUCACCCACCUCGACUUCAUCAUAGGCCUCCAUGCCAAAGCUCUCGUCUAUGAUCCUAUGAUGAAACUAAUGUUUCAUUACGGCAAACCGCACCCUCCUUACAUAGUUUAGAAUAUUGAUACAUUGUUGUUGAGUGUUUCUGUUAAUAAAUAAACGAGUUAAGCGUGGGCGGUUUGGAA